AUGUCUGAAGAACAAGCUGCCAAGACCGUCACUGAAGGUUUCGCUAACUUACAUCUAGAUGAUGUUACUGGUGAAAUGGUUUCCAAAUCCGAAUUGAAGAAACGUAUUAAGCAAAGACAAGUCGAAGCUAAGAAGGCCGCCAAGAAGGCUAACGCUCAACCAGUCCCUGAAUCCAAGAAGAAGAAGGCUGAUCAUCUUGCUGAUUUGGAUCCUUCCCAAUAUUUCGAAGCUAGAUCUCGUCAAAUUUUAGAAUUAAGAAAGACUAAGCAACCAAAUCCAUAUCCACACAAAUUCCAAGUUUCUAUCUCUAAUCCAGAAUUCCUAGAAAAAUACGCUUAUUUAAAGAGAGGUGAAACUUUGCCAGAAGAAAAAGUUUCCAUUGCUGGUAGAAUCCAUGCUAAGAGAGAAUCUGGUUCUAAAUUGAAAUUUUACGUCUUACACGGUGAUGGUGUAGAAGUUCAAUUGAUGUCUCAAUUGCAAGAUUACCACAAGGAAGACGAUUACGAAACUGACCACGAUUUGUUAAAGAGAGGUGACAUCGUCGGUGUUGAAGGUUACGUCGGAAGAACUCAACCAAAGAAGGGUGGUGAAGGUGAAAUCUCUGUCUUCGUUGAACGUAUCGAAUUAUUAACUCCAUGUUUACACAUGCUACCAGCUGAUCACUUCGGUUUCAAGGAUCAAGAAACUAGAUACAGAAAGCGUUACUUAGACUUAAUUAUGAACAAGGAUUCCAGAGGUAGAUUCAUCACUCGUUCUAAAAUCAUCAAGUUCAUUAGAAAGUUUUUGGACGAAAGAAGCUUCAUUGAAGUUGAAACCCCAAUGAUGAACGUCAUCGCUGGUGGUGCCACCGCUAAGCCAUUCGUUACUCAUCAUAAUGACUUAAACAUGGAUAUGUUCAUGAGAAUUGCUCCAGAAUUAUUCUUAAAGGAAUUAGUCGUUGGUGGUUUAGACCGUGUUUACGAAAUCGGUAGACAAUUCAGAAAUGAAGGUAUUGAUAUGACGCAUAACCCAGAAUUCACCACUUGUGAAUUCUACCAAGCUUACGCCGAUGUUUACGAUUUAAUGGAUAUGACUGAAUUAAUGUUCUCCGAAAUGGUCAAGGAAAUUACUGGUUCAUAUAUUAUUAAGUACCAUCCAGAUCCACAAAACCCAGAAAAGGAAUUAGAAUUAAACUUUACCAGACCAUGGAAGAGGAUCAAUAUGAUCGAAGAGUUAGAAAAGACUUUCAAUGUCACUUUCCCAGCUGGUGAUCAGUUACACACCGCUGAAACUGGCGAAUUCUUAAAGAAGGUUUUGGCUGACAACAAGUUAGAAUGUCCACCUCCAUUAACUAAUGCUAGAAUGUUAGACAAAUUAGUUGGUGAAUUAGAAGAUAUGUGUAUAAAUCCAACUUUCAUAUUUGGUCAUCCACAAAUGAUGUCCCCAUUAGCUAAAUACUCUAGAGACCAACCAGGUUUGUGUGAACGUUUCGAAGUUUUCGUCGCUACUAAGGAAAUUUGUAACGCUUACACUGAAUUAAACGAUCCAUUCGACCAAAGACAACGUUUCGAAGAACAAGCUAGACAAAAGGCGCAAGGUGAUGACGAAGCUCAAUUAGUCGAUGAAACUUUCUGUAACGCUUUAGAAUACGGUUUACCACCAACUGGUGGUUGGGGUUGUGGUAUCGAUAGAUUGGCCAUGUUUUUAACUGACUCCAACACUAUCAGAGAAGUCUUAUUAUUCCCAACUUUGAAGCCAGAUGUCUUGAGAGAUGAAGUCAAGAAGGAAGAAAAGGCCUAA